ACAUAAUAAAACUGUCGUCAGAACAUCCUGUUCGCUGUCAGUUUGAGACGAAGACAUACGCUGACAGGGAAGUUUAAUCUUUCUCAAGAGCGACGGAAAACAGUCAUUUGGACAUCUGAGAAUUUCAUCUGCCAGUUUUGGCACAGAAAAAGGAUGACCUACAAAUGGUAUCUGUUUCUUCCUGGUGACACCAUGUUCCUGAUCUAGGGUGGGGGGUUUCGCCCCAUUCUGCCAUGAAAGGCUACACUCCCCAACGCACCCGACACCUGUCCGACUGCGAGCCGCCCCGCUCUCCCUGUCACCCACCCUCUGCGUCCUCCACCUUGUCUCAUACCCCAUUUCUCCACCCAGCAGCCAUGGACCACUACGGAGCCCUGGACCCCCAUCACUUCUCUCCGUCGCCCAUCCCGGUUGGCCUCCCGCCUGAUUGCAUAAUGCCCCUCAACAACCAGCUGUCAUCCAGUAGCACCUUCCCCCGAAUUCACUACAACUCACACUUUGAUCAGGGUGAGUUCGGUUACUCUGCGGGGGACAGCAUUGGGGGAAUUGGUACAGGGACGCUGGGGACGUCCAUGUCCAUGGGAAUGGGUCUCGGAGUGGGACGGACUGCCAUGAUAAGUAGUGGAUCAGCGACGAUAUCUGGGGCAGAAAAGAUGAACCGUAUACCCCCCAACCUCCUGGGCCAGUUUGAGAAACAGUUGCCAGGGCAACAGGAUGGCUUCAGCACGUUACAAUUCCAUCGUAGCACGGCGGUGACGACAACGAAACAGCAACAACAACAGCGCACGGACAGUCCGGGAAAAAUACGCUAUUUAGUUCACUCCGUCCAGAAACUUUUUGCGAAAUCACAGUCGCUAGAAAAUUCUGCCAUCAAGAGUAACAUGAAUGGCCGCAAUAGCAGAUCGUCAGAUAGUGACGACAAACAUCGUCGCAGCAAAAGCAAAGACCGCGCAAAGAGCGAAGGAACGGCUAAACGGAGGCCACGAUCGAAUAUGUCUGGAUACUGGAGCUCCGACGACUUGGACAGUGAUAUGAGUAACUAUAGAAACCCCAUGGCCAUGAUGACAUUGGGUCGGCAGGGGGUGGGAUCAGGGCCGUUGCCGGACACCCAGGUGGCAUCCAGGUACAUCAUGCAGGGAUGCAGCACCAUCAGUGAGCACACGCUCAAAUCUUCAAAAAGUAACAGCGACCUGAAGCACCAGGCGCUCCCUGCACUCCCAGGACCGGGUGGAGGAGGUAGUAGAGGCAGAGUGGCGAUGUUUGAUGGGGACUUUAGUAAAGAGUCACCCUGGUCCACACUCACGUUAGGGCCCACCAGGCAAGUUUGCCAUAAGGGUUCGGCCACCCUGGAUCGCACCCUACUGAAGUCAAAGUCAGUUCAACAGGACAUGGGCAGCAACUACCUACAGAUGCCCUCUACAGGUGAGUGGUUAGGAACUAUGGGGAGAGGUGGGCCAAUGGGUGAGAUCCCCUGCAGACGGAUGCGCAGCGGCAGUUACGUGAAAGCCAUGGCCGACCUGGAGGACAGCGACGACUCCGAUGGCAGUCCCACACCCUCACCGAAAAUCGCCGCACGGAGGCAGAGCUAUUUACGUGCAACACAGCAAUCACUCAGUGACCAGUUCCCUUCCAAAAACCGUCUGCUGGACUACUCAAUGCUGCAGGGGGAUCUGGAGGCUCUCUGGUCCCCCAUCCACAGCAUCACUACCCUACAGCAGAUUGGACGCUCUGUCAGUUGUCUUCCUUCUCUGCGAGAGUUCUCUGGGAAUCAUAGUCUGGAUAACCUGGACUGCAUCGGUGGCAGUUCUCCAUUCCCUAAUUGGGAUGAUGAUGACUUCAGUCAGGGCUGCAGCACGCUUGGACGCGGUAGCUGCAUCAGUCAGGUGCGAGACAUGGGCGUGAGCCAGCAUUAUGCUGACGAGUCAUGUUUUGAAGACAUGCAUCCUCACUCACGGUCCAUCGAGCCUCCUUAUAUGCCCAUGCCCACAUGCUUCAGAUCCCGUAGCCAUAGUUACCUGCGUGCCAUCCAGGCGGGCUGUUCCCAAGACGACGACACAGCGUCAAUGGAUUCUGAUUCACCGCCACCCACAACUACAACAACUGUACGCACCUACAGUAACAGCACAGUCUCCACGUGUAGGACGACCUGCAAGAAGGUGGCUCCGCCCCCUGUGCCCCCCCGAACCACAUCCAAACCAUUCAUCUCCGUUACGGUGCAGAGCAGCACCGAGUCGGCCCAGGACUGCUACCCGGACCACCACGACCGCAAGAGCGAGGUCAACAGCCAAUCAGGACACAGCAGCAACUCAGACAGUCUCGACAGCACGCGGGCCAACGGUUCAUCCAAAGGGUCGCGACCCCAGCACCCUGUAGCGGCGCCGCGUGAACCGCAGAUCCCCGCGGCCGUGGUGAUCUCUCCCAAUCCGCACCGGGAAUCCCAUAACGAGCAGGUGAAGGGGGAAGCCCUCACUGCGGACGAGCCCCAGAGAGAACCGGUUCCACGACGAAAACUGUCCUCCAUUGGAAUACAAGUGGAUUGUAUUCAGGAACUCCAGACUAAAGUGGAGACGCCCCCCUUGCCCAGAUUCCAGUCAAUUGGAGUUCAAGUGGAGGACGGCUGGACUUUCAGCCACUCCAGUAUUAUGGCCUCUCGUCCAGAGACUGACUCGAACACGCAAGAUUUCUCUCUCACGUCUGUGACGACAUUCCCAUCCAAACACACCGAGAAGAAAGUCAUGGUCAACAGUUGCUGCCAAUCAGUGGACUCGCCUCCCCUCGACAAUGGUAACCAUGAUGACGAUGUUGCCGUGACAACCAGCGGCCCCUCCCGACAGCUCCUGACCAAUCGCUCGACCACGCAGAGCAGCUCCUCGUCGUUCUCUGAGAGUUUAGACCCUGCCCUCGACCCCUCCUCUUUGCCGCCGCCGGACCCCUGGCUGGAGAGCGGGAACGGGAUUGGGAACGGAGGCUCCGCCCAGCCGUUCUCAGGAACGAUGGGUGUGUCGGCGUGCCGACGGGAUGGUCAUUGGUUCCUGAAGCUGCUGCAGGCGGAGACUGGCAGGAUGGAGGGCUGGUGUAACCAGAUGGAGAAAGAGACCAAAGAACAUCAGCUGUCAGAGGAGGUGUUGGGCAAGGUGCGUAGUGCAGUGGGCAGUGCUCAACUCUUGAUGUCCCAGAAAUUUCAGCAAUUCAGAGGACUGUGUGAACAAAACCUGAAUGUGAACGCAAACCCGAGACCCACAGCUCAAGAUCUGGCGGGGUUUUGGGAUCUUCUGCAGCUCACAAUAGAAGAUAUCAGCCUCAAGUUUGACGAACUUUAUCAUCUUAAAUCUAAUGACUGGAAACUAGAUGGAGACUCACCUGAGAAGAAGGAGAACCAGAAACCGGCUCCACCCGUACCCAAGAAACCUGCCAAGAGUAAACCGGCUCUGAGUCGCGAGAAGAGCAACGACACGGUCGACAAACAGAGACAGGAAGCUCGCAAGAGACUCAUGGCUGCCAAGAGAGCUCAAUCCGUCAAACAAAACUCCACAACGGAGAGCACAGACAACAUCGAGAUCUACGUACCCGAAGCUCAGACGCGACUCUGAGGAAGAGAGAUCGUAAAGGAAGCAGAAAGAUGCUCAAGGGCUCGGUCAUUACACACUACACCUGCUCCAAUAUGACACGCUGCUUUUGUCUUUUGGCGGCAACAUUUAAUAAAGCGUUAAGAGAGAGGGUGAUUCAAAAUCCAGUGCAAACGGGACUCAGCGGGAACGCCACUUUUUAAUAGACUGCCAAGGAAAACCUCACAAAGACUCUUUUAGCUGCAGUCAUGAAUUAAUAUUAUUAUAAUUAACAUUGAGGACUGCUCUUGAUAAUGAUAUUGUGUCCUAAAUUAUAUUUAAUGCUAAUAUUUUGGAUAAGAACUCCUCUAACAUCUAAACGAAUAGAAACGCUCAUCUGUCCAUCAUCAAUCAACGAAAGUCUUCCUAUUAAACACUGCGAAACAUUUAUUGAUCGGUAUUUUUGUCGUGUAAAUAUCUACACAUCCUUAAAACAAGAUGCACUUGCUUGACAGAGAUAAAGUCCAAUUUCACAAAAUAUUUUGAGCUCUUUUGGCAAAUGUCUUUUUGUUGUUUUAUGCACAAACUUCACUUCAUUGUGUUCGAUUUAUACUUAAAAUAACUUUCCAAGUUUACUCUCAAUUAACAGCAUUUAUGACUCCUUUAAACUCGUUCCUGCUUUGAUUAAAAAAGGAAAUAUUCACGAAUAAAUGAAGAUAAAUCCAUAAAUGUUCAAAUACACCAUUUCAAAAGCAGAGCCAUAAACAAUGUGUGUAAACAUGAUUGUUUUGUGUGUGCGCUAACAUCACGGGCUAAUCUUAUCUGUGUAAACUACUCACUACAUUUCAGAAACAUCUAAGAAAUUUUAUUUUACUAAUUUUGUUCUUUUAAAAAGAUCCUGUGCUUUUCUAUUAUAUAAUUUUAUUUAUGUAGUACACAAAAAAAAUAAAAAUAAAAUAAAUUUACAAACUUCAAUUUCACGACAAAUUUUCUUCAAAGUGAAUUGAGGAAUCUUUAACAUAAAAAAAGCUAAAUAUUGUAACAAAGUUGUAUUAAUUUAAUUGUAUUAAAGAGUACGCAAUUCAAUUUGAUGGCAGUUUGUUAUGAAAUUUAAAAUGCGUUUAAAUUGGGGGGGGGGGGCCUUUUUUGUAAAAACUUUCCUGAACAUAUGACUCCUAUGAACCGCUUCUUUUGAGUCUACAGUAUGAAACAUACAGAGCAACUAGUGUAAUCUGAUUCCCGAACAAAUGACUCUUAUGAACCGGUUCUUUUGGAUCUACAUCACGAAACAUACAGCGUGACCAGUGUAGUCCGAUUCCCGAACAAAGGACUCUUAUGAACCGGUUCUUUUGGAUCUACAGCACGAAACAUACAGCGUGACCAGUGUAGUCCGAUUCCCGAACAAAUGACUCUUAUGAACCGAUUCUUUUGAAUCUACAGUAUGAAACAUACAGAGCAACUAGUGUAAUCUGAUUCCCGAACAAAUGACUCUUAUGAACCGGUUCUUUUGGAUCUACAGCACGAAACAUACAGCGUGACCAGUGUAGUCCGAUUCCCGAACAAAGGACUCUUAUGAACCGGUUCUUUUGGAUCUACAGCACGAAACAUACAGCGUGACCAGUGUAGUCCGAUUCCCGAACAAAUGACUCUUAUGAACCGAUUCUUUUGAAUCUACAGUAUGAAUCAUACAGAGCAACUAGUGUAAUCUGAUUCCCGAACAAAUGACUCUUAUGAACUGGUUCUUUUGGAUCUACAGCAGGAAACAUACAGCGUGACCAGUGUAGACCGAUUCCCGAACAAAUGACUCUUAUGAACCGAUUCGUUUGAAUCUACAGUAUGAAACAUACAGAGCAACUAGUGUAAUCUGAUUCCCGAACAAAUGACUCUUAUGAACCGGUUCUUUUGAAUCUAUAGCACGAAUUAUACAGCGUGACCAAUGUAGUCCGAUUCCCGAACAAAUGACACUUACGAACCGGUUCUUUUGAAUCGCGAAACAUACAGCGUGACCAAUGUAGUCUGAUUCCCGAACAAAUGACUCUUAUGAACCAGUUCUUUUGAAUCUACAGUAUGAAACAUACAGAGCAACUAGUGUAGUCUGAUUCCCGAACAAAUGACUCUUAUGAACCGGUUCUUUUGGAUCUACAGCACGAAACAUACAGCGUGACCAAUGUAGUCCGAUUCCCGAACAAAUGACUCUUAUGAACCGAUUCUUUUGAAUCUACAGUAUGAAACAUACAGCGUCACCAAUGUAGUCCGAUUACCGAACAAAUGACUCUUAUGAACCGGUUCUUUUGUUUUUCACACUUAAUCAUGUUAACACAUAUAAUGUUUAGGUCUUGUGGCAAUACUUUGGAAACGUUUACUUUAAUCCUGAUUUUUCCCUUUUAUUUGUGUUUUUAUUAAUGAAAGAUGACACAUAGAAAUGUUUGUGGUAAUUAAUAUUAUGCCACAAAUGCUGUUGAUUGAUCUUAACUUGUGUUGAACCCGCAAUAUUCAUUUCAAACAACAGAAAUCCCUUCAUUCUAAACUUCUACAUAUAUUGUUUUUAUCUCACACCGUUUUACAUUUUGUCAAGUAAAUUUAUCCGGUUUUAAAGAAUUAUGUUUUUACGGGAAAAUGAGACACAAAUACAGAUUUUUGGCCAUUUAAUGUUUGAUUUCUGCUCAGUUUGAUCUCUUUUUUUUUUCAGCCAGUGAUGCUAUAAAAUCCCUCAUUUUCAGUGUAUUGACAGAGAUUAACUGGAAAAGAAAGCAACACUAUGAGCUGUUGUUUGAUAAAUACACAUUCUGUUGUGUAAGAGGUCAGAUAGCGUGUGCUCUUCCAUUUCCUGUCACCUGUUACAAGUCAAGCGUUGUCGUAUGUUGAAUGAAAUAGUCGUACUUCAGUCAUGUCUCCAGCUCAGGUCCUGAUUUCUCACCGAACUCUUCCAGUCCUCAAAAGCUCUUCAGUCAUGUCUUUCACCCUAAUAUUCCAGAAUAUUCCACAUAUUCCUGCUUUAAGGAAUAAAGACCCUAAUAUAAUAUUUUAUUCAAUGAAGUGCCUAUUAAUCAUCCCUGUGGGUAACGUUAGUACCUUUGUAUCAAUAUCAAAAUAAUAGAAGAAAAUCAAUAAUAAUAUAAUAAUCUCUAAAACGUCGAGCGAACUUUUGUGGUCAAUUUGGAUACUACAAUAACUUUAGUAAUAAGAAGAAUAUUCUUCUAUCCAUUUUCAUAAUUUAUAGAUUUUCUGUAAUCAGUUGCUUCUUAACAAAACCGCACCAAUCUUAACACGCACCUCUUGCCAACGUUUUGCUCAUUUUGUAGGUAAAAUAUUCGUUUAAAUUGUCCAUUUGAUUAAUCCAGCUUUAAUCCUUGUGCAACCUUUGGGACAUUUUAGUCUAUAAAUGUUUAGUUUUUUUGUUUAUUUUAGCUGUGUUGAUGCUAACGGCAUACAUUUAGCCAACGGUGUGUAUUUUGGGGGGAAUUGUGAUAUUUCAACCUCAGUUCCUAUAAUACAUCUAUAACACACUGUGCACACAGAAUAGUCACACUCGGGACCUUCAGGACAGAAAUAUCCCCAUUGAAACCCAUUAAAACUGCAAUAUUUGAUCCCAGUGACAUUAAAGCAUCAAAUCAUGAAUUCUAUUAUAUUAUGAUUUCAUUCUAGAGCCCUGACUUCAACAUUUUAAUUUUUUAUAUUUUCCACCAGAUGGCGCCAUUUCACUCAUGUUUAGCCUGUGGAGCAAAUACAAGCUUUUCCCCUAUUUUUUCUGUUUGCUGUAUUAUAGAACACUGCAGGACACCUGGUGUGUGUGUGUGUGUGUGUGUGUGUGUGUGUGUGUGUGUGUGUGUGUGUGUGUGUGUGUGUGUGUGAGCGUGUAUUUAUCACUUUGUGGGUACCAAAUGUCCCCAUAAGGAUGGUAAAACCCGAAAUUUUUGACCUUGUGGGGACAUUUUGUCGGUCCCCAUGAGGAAAACAGCUUAUAAAUCAUACUAAAUUAUGUUUUUUGAAAAAUGUAAAAAUGCAGAAAGUUUUCUGUGAGGGUUAGGUUUAGGGGUAGGGUUAGGUUUAGAGGAUGGAAUCUAUAGUUUAUACAGUAUAAAAGUCAUUAUGUCUAUGGAAAGUCCUCAUAAUGAUAGGUAGACCAACGUGUGUGUGUGUGUGUGUGUGUGUGUGUGUGUGUGUAACUGGCAUUUAAAGGGUUAAAAUCCUGAAAAUAAAUGAAUAUUUGGUAGUUAUGAUCAGGACUGUUGUUGGUUAAAAAAAAUGUACUAAUUGAAUGUGGAAAAUAAUAGUAAUAUAUAAUAUUUUAUGGCAGUGUUUUGAUAUGGGCAUUUUUGUUCCCCAAGAUCCUGAGUGUGAGGUUUUUUUUUUAUCCGACACUGCACAAAAAUAAUAAUGCAUCAAAAUGAAUGUUGUUGCUAAUUUUUGACAUAUCUCGGACUGUGAUGACCCACAAAAUAAAAUUCCCCUGAGCAUUUAGUAUAUAGAAAAUAAUGAUUUUAUUUUUCCCCCAUAAAAACAACAGUGGCAUUAUAUAAACAAACGAGCAUUUAAAGGGUUAAAAUCCUGAAAAUGAAGGAAUAUUUGGUAGUUAUCAGGACUGAUGUUGGUUAAAAUGUCAUUGAAAGUGGAAAAUAAUAUUGUGGAUAUUUUUGUCCUCUAGGGACCUCCUGAGUAACUUUAAGUUGACGCACAAGGUUUAAUUAUUUAGAAAAUAUUUUUGAGGCAAAAAUAGACCCGAUACCCACUUAUCUUUCUGUGCAUUUUCACAGCUGAAGUCACAAGCACAGUCCCAACAUUCAUUUCAAAAACACAUUUUAUGCCCUCAAAUCUUGUGCGAGUUUAUUAUGGAUGUUUUGUCAAAUAUAAAAGGCACAUGGGGUUUAUUCUAAACAUGGAAAAACAACUACAAAUCUUGCUGUGCUUGAAGGGUAUUUUGAGCUAAAAGGAAGACAUCAUCUUCAUCUACAUAUUAUAAUAUAUUAUAAUUUUUACAUUUUAUAAUAGGAUCAAUUCUGUUGCCUUUUAACCAUUUUGUAGCAUGUAGCUGACUUUGCAUAUAAGUCUCAACCCAUCUGUCAUUAUACAUUUACUGCACAUGUCCACUGAUUUUGCCCUGUCAUCAUAUACACAUUUAUGAUUUGUCAUCAGCAGAUAUUUUAAACCAGUGAAACCACAUUGAAGUGACCGAAUUACAUGAGCCAUGAAGACGGCACAUAAUCUGCCCCCUUCACCCGCUGCAGUGAUUGGCUGCUAAUGUGUGUUUUGUGUUGGUCUGAUCACUGAUGGUGUGAAUUGGACAUUUCAGUUCUCAGCCGUUCCCUGUUGUUCUGUCCAUUAUGGGGUGAUUGGACCAUUAACAGAUGCUUCAUGCAUUCACAGUCCUCUCAUAAUCAUUCAGGAGUGGUUCACAUGUCUGCGAGCUCAGACCAGUUCCACCAUCUGUCGGCAGGAUAAUGGACCUGGAAAAAGGAGCGUCAAUUUGAAUUGUUAAAUCAGUAGAUUCAGUUUAUUGGACUUUAGACGAGAGUUUUGUUUCACACAGUAGGAAAAUACAUUUUGGGAAACUCGAGAACAUGUCCGAGUCAUAUUUUCUACACAAAAACCAAAAGAAAGAAACUAUAUUUGAAUGCAUUUUGCGUAAAGAUUUUUGGCAUUGUAGCAUUAUUUGCACACAUUUCUGCACAUUCCCCCCAAACUAUCACAACAGCAUUCAAAACAUUAUUUUAGUCUAUUUUUAAGAUUUACACAUUUUCAAUUUCAUAACUGAAUUCCAUCUAAAUGAAUUGUGUAAUGUGUAACUACAUUUUAUUAAUUAAACUUAAAAUAUUUAGCCAUUUUAUUUAACUAAAGAUUACUUUUGAUGAAUAUUUUUAUGAAAUUAAAAUGUGUAAAUAAAUGAAAAUAAUUAAGUAUAUUUUUUAAUGCGUUUUAUGGGGAUGCAGAACAAUUGCAGUUGUAUUUAUAAAUCAAGGUAGUAUUUGUUGUUCUACCCUUUAAUUUAUACUUAUUUAAUAAAAAAACUCAAAUUGAAGUGAAAUGUCCAGAUGUAUUACAGUAAUGAAGAUUUGGGGAAUAUUUGUAAAAUCUUGAAUAAUACACUUUUAUUUAUUUUUCUUUUGAUUUUGGGGGAAAUCUGACCGGGACAUGCUGUUUUUCCCCAUUUAAGAUUAACAAUCAUAAAAUUCAAAUAUUGUCAUUUUGAAGUUCCUGUAUUAUAAUCAUGAGUGUUGUUCACAUGUUCACAUGUUAUACAGCGGUCAGUGAAUUAUUGGCCGCAAUCCGCAGAUUAUCAGUGUUGACCGAAUAGGGUUUCAGUUACGGGUGAUGGUGAAUUUGGUCGAGUGACGUGGUAAAGUGGCACAAAUGCCCAUAAAAACUGCAUUUUUCUUGUCCGAUUCAUUAAGGUACUCAAAACGAUUUAAAUGUAUUAAAUUCAAUAGUGCAGCAACACCAAAGUCUGCAAAAAUGUACAAAAUCAGUCAAAAGUUUGGACGCACUUAAUUAUUUUUUUUUGCUUAAGCGGCUGAAAUUAGAUUGUAAGUCAAAUUAAUAUUUUUCUACAAAUGAAUUCCUUGACAAAAUUCAAUUGUUAGCAUCAUUUGAAUGAUAUUAAAUAAAAGUAAAUAUUAAUUUUAUAUAUAUAUAUAAUUAUAUUAUUUAACCCUCAGAGAACCAGCAUAGCAGAAUUUUUAAGUAAUUAAACAAUAGCUUUUUAUUAUUAUUAAAAUGGUAUCACUUUACCACAACUACUAUUUUUGGUGGGAAAAUGUUGCACAUUGAAUGUUACAGAUUGUUAGUCACGUAAAAUUCGCUUCAAAGCUAAAUAUGCUCAAAAAUCAUCAUUUUUAUAACCAGUGGAUUGUAAAAACACAUUCAAGGAGAAAAACAUGAAAAUGUUGAUAAAUAUAAUGUAUAUGUGUAUAUAUAUCACAAAAUAAAGGGUUAUUUCAUAAUUAUUCUAAUUUCUCAUAUUCUAAUUAUUCAUAAUUUUAUUCUAAAAUUUGGAAAAUAGUAACAUUUAACCCUGUAAAUCCUGACAUAUGAAAGAAUUCAGAAAAUUUUAAAAAAUACUUUGUUUUUAUUACCAUAAGACAAACAAAAAAAAAUCAUAAAAACUGAAAUGCUUGCACAAUUGUUAUUUUUUUUAAUGUAUUAUAUUUGAUACUUUAGGCUUUAAAUGUCAUUAUGGUGAGAUGAUAUUAUAACAGCUUGUAAUGUAAAAUAAUGAGAUCUUUAUAAUGACAGAGCCGGUGGAAUAUAUGAAAAUAAACAGAAAUAUUAGUUAACACUUUAAAUAUUUCUUAUAACAUGUAUCUUUCCAAAGCUCUGAGAUUUGUUUGGUGGUGUGCAUGACUGUAACGUAACGAUGAUUGAGAGAUAUGCAUCGAAACACUGUUGUAUCAUAUUUGAUAUAUUAAUUUCAAAGGGUUUUUUCAAUAAAAUAAUAUGCAAAAUUUUAACCAAGCACAAGUUGCUUUUAUUCAUCAAAUACUCAUUAUAAAAUAUCAGUAACAAUAUAAUCAUUACUGUCACUUUUACUUUAUUAAAAUAAGCUGUAAUUUAUCCCAACAUAAGAGACACUUUUCAUUUUAAAUAGAUCGAUUUAAACAUUGAAACCACUUUUUCCACAAUUAACCACCAGAUGGUGCCAUAAACAUGUGAAACUUACAAACCAGAGAGUGAAACACGAGCCGUCAAACGCUGUACAUCAGAUCUGAUACAGUGUUAUAGGGUUCAGAAUGAGUAUGUGUGUCCAAACUUUUGACUUUCAAUCACUCUAUGCAUUUCAUAUUUCAUUUAAUUAAUAUUGAUGAAAACCUAUUCAUUGAGAAAUGAUUAUAUUAGUUGUUUAAAUGUCUUAUAAUUGUCUGUCCUUUUCACUUUUAAUGUUGGCGUUCCAUAAGUCUCAGUGUUUUGACAUUUCAUCAUUCAACUGUUCAAGAGCUGGUAUGACAUGAAAACAACUCUUUAUCGUUACGUUCCUGGUCAUUUCCUCCUGUUGCUUAAAUGUCUGUGGGCUUCCCUUAAGACAGCGGCACACACAGACCUGUUGUAUAUGACGGAGAGUGUGUGUGCUUCAACAAAGGAACAUGUAUCUUUAUUUUAAGACUCCGACUGCUGGAAGGACAAAUGAUGUUUGGAGCAUUUAAGAGACACCUCUGCCUCUCUGUUCAUGCUGCUUGAAUUCUAGAUGAACUGAUUUAUACAUUGUUAAGUGACUGACCCGCAGCACAAUAUUACAGCGAAUGGUCAGGAUGAAACCCAGGAACCCUCUUCUCAUCUGGGACAAAAAGAAACUGGAUUUGCUCGGGCAUCAGUGCCACCCGUCCCUGCCGACAUCGGCCUGACACGACUCAAAAAACUCUCUCUCUACCCUCUCUUCCUUCAGAUGUGUUUUAGUAUAGAUUUUUUGGGGAGUCGUCAAAGAAUAAUAUCUAAAUGCAAAGGUUUGUAGCAACAAGAAUUAAGAUGAUUAUUAUUAUUAUUAUAACAAAGAUUGAUAAUCAAUAUUUUAUGAAAUAAGCACAUAUUUUACUGACUAGGAUUUGUUCAUUAUCUCUAAUGCUAUAUGACGUUUAGGCUGUAUGUUUGUCAGGGUCUUUUGUUUAGUAAGAAAUACAGUAAAUCUGAG